CACAUUGGCCAGAACUUCAAGUGAGUGCACCUUUGUAUUUUUUGUCAAGUUCCCUUUUGUGCUGGGUGUGCAGAAUUUCUCUGAGUUUGCAAGUGAUAAAACACGCCAACGAAGCGCCCCCACAAUGGCUAGGUAGUACCUCGCGUUUGUCGCUGUAUUGUGCGAAUUUUAAUUACUGGAGAAUAAGAUUUAUUGGCAUCUGUGGAGUGUGAGACACGCGAUAUUGUGCUGUUUUUUUUCAUGAGAUUCGCCUGGAGAAGGUGGAAAAUUAUUAUGAACACCUCGGACGUGCCACUUGGCGUAAGAUGCCUCCAGUUCCUCAGCACACACCUGUGUCCUCGACUGCGGAUCAACAGACCUCUCUGCUACAAGUUUAGCGUCUUGGCACUGACUUACAUUGCCUAUUGCUGCUACCACUUGACCAGGAAGCCAAUCUCUGUGGUUAAAUCCGUCCUGCAUCGCAAUUGUUCCACUGUAGCACUGCCAAAGGGUGUCUUGCUCAGUGAUGCCAUUGACAACAGCACUUGGUGUGACUACCCACCUUUCGAUGGUCCCAAUGCAUCAGCUCUAUUUGGGACACUCGAUUCGGCCUUCCUCUUUUGCUAUGCUGCAGCAAUGUUUGCGUCUGGAUUUAUUGCUGAGAGGGUAUCCCUGAGGUAUUUUCUAACCUUUGGGAUGCUUUUCUCGGGAAUUUUUUGCUACUUGUUCGGACUGGCAAAGACCUACAGUAUCCAUUCGAUGGCAUACUUUAUUUUUGUCCAGGCAAUGGCUGGAAUAUUUCAGACCACCGGAUGGCCAGGUGUGGUAACUGUGGUGGGUAGAUGGUUCGAUAGAUCCAAACGUGGCCUGAUUUUUGGCAUCUGGAACAGUCACACGUCCAUUGGAAAUAUUUUGGGAUCACUGAUUGCAGCAAAUUAUGUGGAAAGUGACUGGUCGAGGUCAUUUAUUGUGCCAGGAUUCAUCAUGGGCGUCUGUGGGUUCAUUCUCUUUCUCUUCCUGGUGGAUUCACCGGAUUCAGUGGGAUUGACAGAGAGGAAUAUGGAGGCAAGGCGGAGAGAUCAGUAUUCACGCGUGGAGAGCAAUGACAGUCCAACGGAUGAUUCUGAACCCGAUGAUACGGAUAUUGUUGUUGGGGAACAGGAGGUCAGUGGAAACGUCGUGAGACCACUUAGAGGCAGUAUUAACACUGAAGUUAAUAUGAGGGUAAAUGAGCGAAGCCCAAUGUUGGGCAGUGUCUCAUCUGUUGCCUCCAAUAACAGGGAAGCAAUUGGAUUUGGAGGAGCUCUACAGAUUCCUGGAGUUGUAGAAUUUUCCUUCUGUCUGUUCUUCUCGAAGCUUGUUAGCUACACAUUCCUCUACUGGCUGCCACUCUACAUUCAAUCCUCUACGACGCUAAAUGCCGAAUUGAGCGCCGACCUGUCCACGGUGUUUGACGUGGGUGGAAUCAUUGGAGCAAUUGCCGCUGGUAUUCUCUCUGACUACACAAAUAUGCCCGCAAGUACAUGCUCCGGGAUGUUGGCUGUGGCUGUUCCGAUGUUGCUUGUGUAUCAACACUGGGGUACGCUAUCACUGCCCGUGAAUAUUCUGCUGCUGUUUGUGGUGGGUAUUUUGGUGAAUGGCCCCUAUGCCCUGAUAACUACAUCUGUGAGUGCUGAAUUGGGCCAGCACAGUUGUCUGCAGGGCAAUGCUAAGGCUGUGGCUACUGUGACAGCCAUUAUUGAUGGUACGGGAUCAAUUGGGGCGGCUGUGGGACCUCUGCUGGCCGGACUGGUGUCCACUUCUGGCUGGGAGAAUGUCUUCUACAUGUUGAUGAUUUCGGACGUUUUAGCUCUGUUGCUGCUCGUACGUCUUGCCACGAAGGAGUUUAAGCGUCGGAAGCGAAAUGUUCGGAUUGAAUGAGGAGGGCUAAACAGGAGAGAGAAUUUUUGUCCUGCAUAAAAAAGAAAAUUAAAUAAGAAUUUAGAGAUAAUUUGAGAAUUGUGGGAGGGUGAAAAUGUUUUGUAACCAAAAAUCGGUUAUAAGUAUUUUAUAUGAAACAAAGAAGAAAAAGAUGAUAAAAUAAUCCAAAGGUCGAGAAAAGGCUCAGGAGAUCAUUUAAGAGCAAUUUUUGUAGAAAUUUGUUUUUUUUUUGCCAUGUAAAUAAGAGAUCUAUCUUUAUCUCUCAAGUUAAGAGUUGAAUUGAUAUUAACAAAAUUUUCGUUGAUUUUGAGCUAUCUUAAAUGUUUUCUUCAUUUUAUCAUUUUGACCUACAAUAUAUGAAUUUUUUUGGGGAAUGUGGAAGAGAAGACACUAAUUUUUAAAAUUCGCAGUGUCGUCAACAUUUUACAGACAAUAAUAAAGAAGAAGAGGAACAUUUCCAACAAUUUAGAUUACAAUAUUCUCGUCUUAUCAGAUAAAAAUACGAGAAGAAGCAGGAAACUUUGUAAGAAUUCUACAGUCUCAAACAUACUCGCGUUUUCUAAACAUUCAAGUAGAAUGAAUGACGAGUGUAAAUUUCUCAUUUUACCAGGAAUUAUCCUCUGUGUAGUUAUUUUGGUAAGGCCAGAGAGUAAGAUUUCCAAUUAAAAGAAUUGUCUAAUAAUUAAUCUUAUUGAAAAAAAAAACAAAAAAAAAUCUCUGUAAUAGAUUUUCUGUCUGAUUUUUUCCGUACUAAUAUGUGAGUGCAAAGAUGUGAGGGAAAUGAACAGGAUCAACAAGGAGGCUUACAUGAGCCGGAAGGUGAAGAAAGUGCAGGAAAAUGGAAAUAUUGGAAGGAUUUGUGCAAAUGAGAAGAAGAAAUUGAUGGAAAAUCACAAUCAUACGGAAACGGAUAAGCAGAAAGUAUCUCGUAGUUCAUCAAUAACUACAGUUUAAGCACAGAAUUUUAUUCUACUAUGUAUAAAAGGAAAUUUGUAAAAUAUAUUUAAAUCUAAAUCAAAAA